UUUGGCGAACAGCAGAAUAAAGUGAAGAACUGAUACUGUCACUACCUCCCUCUAAAUUUGAAUUCUUGAUUCCAAUUCUACAUACACAUAGUCGUGAGAAAGAGACACAAAUACACACAGUCAAUCAUCAUCAUCGUCGUCGUCAUCAUCAUCAUGCUUCACGAACUGUUGCUAUCACUAUUAGGUUAUACAGGCGAUCUCAUCAUCGACGAAAGAGAAGACGCCGCUCUUUUAUCUCCCGACGCUCCCAUCUCCCAAACCAAACCUACUUUCAAACUCGCCUCCGAUCUCUCCUUCCUCCAACCUAGCGAAAGGGAUGUUAUUGAGAGGAUUAUUACUUUAGGUUUUUAUUACCGAGAGCUUAACCGAUUUGCUACAAAAUCGAGAAAUUUGAGUUGGAUACGGUCCACGAACCAGUCCCCGUUGGCUUUGACAUCAGAAUUGUCGAAACCUAAAACGGAGAAGCAGAGUGUGUAUAGGAGAGCUAUUGCUAAUGGUGUUAUGGAGGUUUUGUCUAUUUAUAAGUCGGCAGUUUUGCAUAUUGAGCAGAAAUUGUUGUCCGAAACCCUGCCUAUCUUGGCUGCCGUAACUCAAGGCCUCAACAAGUUUUUUGUUCUUCUACCACCUCUCUAUGAGCUUAUUCUAGAGAUUGAGCGUGAUGGUAUAUGCGGAGGGAGACUUCUCAACCUUUUGCACAAACGAUGCCACUGUGGGGUGCCUGAACUGCAGGCUUGUAUUCAGAGACUUCUUUGGCACGGUCAUCAGGUCAUGUAUAAUCAGCUAACUUCUUGGAUGGUAUACGGGAUUCUUCAUGAUCAGUAUGGGGAAUUUUUUAUCAGCAGGCAGGAGGAUAGGGAUACCGAACAUGAAUCUUCUCAUGUAGAUGUGCUUGAAAAGAUGGCACGCAUGUCAACUAACGAUGCAUCUCUCGCAGACUGGCAUCUUGGUUUCCACAUAUCAUUGGAUAUGCUGCCUGAAUAUAUCUCUAUGCGAGUAGCAGAGUCCAUUCUUUUUGCUGGAAAAGCAGUCAGGGUUCUUCGAAAUCCAAGUCCAACUUUCCGCUUCCAAGAUAUACCAAAAGGAUCACAAACUAGUCUAGGCUCCAAAGGACAUUUUUCCUUUCAGAGGGAAUCCUUAUUAGAUACAAAAUCAAUCGGAGAGAAAUUACUUCCACAAGUUGAAGCUGAUAAGAUCGAAUCCAUGCUUCAAGACUUGAAGGAAUCAUCUGAGUUCCACAAAAGAUCAUUCGAGAGCAAUGUUGACACUAUUAGGGCUAUUGCAGCCAGUCAUCUUUGGCAGCUUGUAGUAGUACGUGCGAACUUGGAGGGCCACUUGAAGGCACUUAAGGAUUACUUUCUUCUAGCAAAAGGUGACCUUUUCCAGAGUUUCCUUGAGGAGAGUCGCCAAUUAAUGCGCCUACCACCUCGCCAGUCAACCGCAGAAGCUGAUCUCAUGGUUCCCUUCAAACUGGCCGCUAUAAAGACUAUUGGGGACGAGGACCAAUAUUUUUCAAGAGUGUCUUUACGGAUGCCUUCAUUUGGAGUCACAGUUAAACCUUCUCAAGUUGACUUGCCAAAAUCAAAAUCUUAUACUGAUGGCGACCUUGCUGUUCUGUUGGAUGCUUCUUCAGAGAUGUCACUUGAUGGAUGGGAUGGAAUUGCUCUUGAAUAUUCUAUUGAUUGGCCCUUGCAGCUUUUUUUUACACAAGAAGUGCUUUCUCGGUACGGGAAGAUAUUUCAGUAUUUACUUCGCCUUAAAAGAACUCAAAUGGAAUUGGAAAAGUCUUGGGCUUCUGUGAUGCAUCAAGAUCACACAGAUUUUGCCAGGCGUCGUAAUGACCGUUUAAACUGCUCAACUUCUCAGCAACGGAGGCAACGGUUUAGACCAAUGUGGCGUAUUAGAGAACAUAUGGCAUUUUUAAUCAGAAAUCUUCAAUUUUACAUUCAGGUGGACGUGAUAGAAUCACAGUGGAACAUAUUGCAAGCUCGUAUUCAGGAUUCGCAUGAUUUCACUGAAUUGGUGAGCUUUCAUCAAGAGUACUUGUCAGCCUUAAUUUCCCAAUCUUUCCUGGACAUUGGAUCUGUCUCCAGAAUAUUGGAUGGCAUCAUGAAGCUGUGUUUGCAGUUUUGUUGGAAGAUAGAGAAUCAAGAGAACAGUACAAAUACUGUUGAACUAGACCACAUAACUGAGGAAUUUAACAAAAAAUCAAAUUCAUUAUACACAAUCUUGCGGAGUAGCAGGCUCGCGGGGAGUCAGAGAGCCCCAUUUCUCAGGCGAUUUCUGUUACGCCUAAACUUCAAUUUAUUUUUUGAGACAACUGCUAAAGGUGUGAUGAAUGUUGUUAGACCACGCCCGACGCUCCCAGUUUUGUAGGUAUGCACCGCAUUCGCUCUCAACUCACUCGAGUGGCGGUAGGUUUUCAGAGCUGCCACUUCAAACGUAGUGAAGAGAGAUGUAUAAUAUAUGUCAUGUUUAAGAAAAAUGUUGUGAUUCAGACUGCAAUGUAUUGUCACUUCAGUUUUUUUGAUUGGUUGACUUUUUUAGUUAAAAUUUUUCGAGAGUACGAACCUGGCUAAUCUCCCAAUUCAUAAUAGUUGGGACUCGGGAGGAUGUCUGAAUGUGUUGCUGUGAGCCUGUGUAUUGUAAAUUUUCUUUGCUUGAAGGUAGAGGUGUGAUUAGAGACAUAGAGAUAUUGUAUGUAGUCGGACCUAGUUAACAAAUGAUCUCUACUGUGGUGUAGUGAAGUGUAGAAUAGCAACUUUUUAGUAUCCCACUAUGGCACUAUUCCAGGGCACUUUAAAAUC